AUGAAACUUAUCAACGAGAAAUCUACAAAAUUCUUGGGUAAAUAUGUUGAUCCCACAAGUAAGCUUGAUCUCAGACUAUCCUCCAAGAAAAUCCUACUGGAGAUAGAAGAGGCAUUUAUCAAGAGAGGCAACGACAGAUUUGUCACUCCAUCCAAGGCAUGGAAGGAAAAUGUUCUUUCCGGGGAGGAAUCCAAAGGUAUAAGCGAACAAAUCAGCCUGUGUUUAUCAAAUUCCAAGGUGAAUGGUGCUUGUAUUGUUCAACCUCCCAAAGUUGGUGAUAUCGUUACAUUGUCCGACAAUUUGCGCUUGUAUAUAAUAGCAGCUGGUCCAAAAAGUAUCAAAUCAGGUUCAUACACUUUUAUAAAUGCCAGAGGUGAGAUUGUGUUUGGAAAAAGUGGUAUGAUCCGUGACAGAGUUCCCGGAGCAAUCCCCCAGAGAUUUCAUGAUUAUUUGGGAAAUUGUGUUUCUUUAGAACAGAAAUUCGAUGGUGUUGCUCCUGUAGGAAUGGCAGAAAGUUUGACUAGAUCCGCACCAGAAACUAUCAAGACUAAAGACGAGAAGAUGAAUGAUUUGGAAGAACCGGAAGUGAAUGACCCUACUGACUUUGUAGUUUCCCAAGCUACAUCCCAAUUACUUGUGGAUACAGACAUCAAUACCUAUAUUGUCCCGCUUUUAGCAAGAAGUACUUAUGCGGGAGCAUUGUCCCAGUUAUGUAUCGACUCAUUCAAGAAAGUUAGUAGUAUCAACCAGAAACUAGAAAGAUUACACAGAACUUUGCAAUAUGAUGCUGAUGGAAACUUGAACGUGCCAAGAACACUUACUAUUUUCGAAAUAUUAUACCAUUUGGAACAGAAUCCAAAAAAUUCUAUCCAGUCUAAACAAAAUGGAAAUUCCAAACUUGGUGUGUCACUUGACUUUAGUCAGAACUAUGAAGACUACGACUAUAGUGCUUCAACGUAUUUGGCUACCUUAUUUGCAUUACGUAAACAAUCCAGACUUUGGAAUUUAGAAGCCACAUCUCAAAACGAGUGUCAAACCAGAGUCACAGUUUUGCCGGUUUCUGAUGUUUCUUAUAUUGACAGGGUGAUGAAAUAUCUCAAAGAAGGCGGAAUUGACGAAUUUUCAAAAUAUUGUGCUGGAAUAUUAUCAGGCGAGAAACCUACUAAGCAACCUCCAUUGUACAUCGAUAUAAUUGGAAUGUUGAAAGACUUUGUUAACCGUAAAUUCGACCAUGACCCAGCAGUUGAAACUGUUUUAGUGUAUGUUUUGAGGGGAAUUGAAAAGCACAUGCUACCAUCAAACCUAGUUUUCGAAACUUCAAACUAUGUGAAUGAAUAUUCCAGAACAAGGGCAUAUGAUUUAUUGGUUGAACUUGAAAAGAAUGAUUCAAUAGUUAAUCCAUUUAAAUGGUCAAAGACCAGUAGCUGGCCCAACGAAAAGACUUCAUAUGUUUCUGACUUGUCUCAAUCGUAUUAUGACUGUCUUGAUGAUAAUGCAACCACCUCUAGUGAGAAUACUGGUCUCGACCAACUUGAUCAACAACAAUUAUCGAACUUGAAUGAACCAAUUGAUCUGACUCAGAUGGGCUAUUCCAAUGAUUUCUUUGAUUCAGAUCCUAUGAAUGACAUAAGAGAAGAUCUUACCAACGUCCUGGUGUACUGUAUUGAUAGUGAGUUUGCCCAUGAAAUUGAUGACGGUAUUUCAAUUCACGAAGAUGAAGGCAAAUAUGUGAUUUCAGUGCAUAUUGCUGAACCAAGUUCAUACGUUAAGCCUGACUCGACCCUCAGUUCAAUUGCGUUUAAUAGGACCUCCACUCAAUAUUUCCCUGAAACUGCAUUGUUAAUGUUCCCACCCAUUAUUUCUAACUUGAGCGGAUUGGGAAUUGAUUCCCAAGACACAAGGGCAUUCAGUAUACAAUAUAAAUUGGACAAAGGUCUCCUUGACGAGUUCUUCAAGCAGAGAUUGACUGAUCCAGAGUCAAGCAUUGAUUCCACAUUAUUAAACACUGUAAAGUCGCAAAUUGAACAGACUAAGGAAAUAAAGUAUAGCUUAUUAAGAAAUUUCCGCCAAGGGUUCACGUAUAAGAAAGUAGCUAAGGUGUUGCGAAGUGAAAACAGACAGGAAUUAUACAGGACAGACCAAGAUUACAACAAUUUAUUCAAGUUAUUUCAAUUAUCAACUAUUCUCAACGGGAUAAGGAGUCAAAAUAUACCAGUUGAGAUGACUCAGAAUAACAGCAAUCUCCAGGUUUUAGAGACUGGCGAUGACAUCGCGUCCGAAAGUCGUUAUAUAGAAAAAGGUGAAGGACACGAAAUCCGAGUAAAGAAUUCGCGUCAAUCGAUUAUCAUCCCCAAAGAACUUGAUAUUGAAGAUUCGGUGAGUUUAGUUACUGAAAACAUGAUCUUUGCCAAUUAUUUAACAGGUGCCAUAGCCAAAGAGAAGAACAUCAAGAUUCUCUAUAGAACAUUUGAAUUCAACAUUUCUGACGAACUUAAGAAACAAUUCCAAGAGUUAAGACUGGGGAAUUCCAUCCGAAAAGAUGAAUUUGAUUUUGGAAGUUUUGUGAGCCUUGCCAAAUAUACUGUCUCACAUGGAACUCAUGCCCUUGUUGGACUUGGAUCAUAUACAACCAUCACUUCACCCAUGAGAAGAUACGUUGAUAUGAUCAAUCAAUGGAAGUUCCAGGAUUAUUUCCUUGGCCGCGAAGAAGGGUUUAUCAAGGAUUCAAAUCUUGAAAAUAUUGCCAAUAUCGUGAAUUCAAAAGCAGCGUACGCAAAGAAACCAAGCGCUUAUGCACAAAAAUUCUGGACUGGUAUUUUUCUUCGUGAAUACAAGAGAUUGUUUGAAGCUGGCGAGAUCAAGAAUCCUAUUGAGUUUUCUCUUGUGUUGAAAGCAGCUCCCAGAAAAGAUGCUGUUAUUGGUGUUACUUGUGAGAAAUUCCCCAAUAUGAUUGCCAAUCUUGAAGUUUCAGAUGCUCUUAUGGAGGAUUACAAGAAUGGACUUAUCGGUAAGGAUGGUAGAAUAAGUUCAAACAGACUCCAAAUCGCGAGAAUUGACUAUGUCGAAGAUGAUUUGCUAUUCAAAUAUGUUUAA